AUGUGUGGAUCGAGUGUAUACACCAGACGAAUUAAAGAAGUUCAAAGUAUGCCAAUUACAGACUUUGUGUCUGACGAGAAAGAUAGCCUUUGCAAAAUCAAUGAGCAAGCCUACUAUUCCUAUCAACACAGUAUGAAACGAUACAAUAAUACUGCUAAACCUCUGAAAGACUAUUAUGUUGGAUCUGUUGACUUUGCAUUACCGGUAUAUCUCAUCGUCAAGAUCUUUAGAUAUACUUGGGAUAUGUUGCUAGACAAGACUAUCCCACCCGAACCUACUGAAACCCACUACCAAAGAUUCAGGAUGGCUCUUCGCUUGGCUUCGGUCAACAAACAACUGUUUAGUGUGAUUUCAUUGUUUCCUGUAUCGAUGAAACUCUCUUACCGUGAUUGCAGCGCUAUGGAGAACAAGACAUGGUGCGUUCUCAAACGUCCCACCAAAUUGACAAUGCAAUUAGAAGAUGCUAAUUCACUCCUCGCCGUAAAGAAUCUCUACCCUGCACAUGCAGAGUUAUUGUCAAUGGUCACCAAAUUCAAGAUCACCCGACUCUUAUGCAGACCAUUCACGUUCUAUCACUUCAACAAAUUGAACACAUUGCUUUGUGUCAAAAAAGGUCUUGGUCCCUACACGUACUUGGAAGAAUACUUUGAGAAUGUGAAACAUCCAAUGGUAAAGAUGGUGCUACCUGGUGGAUACCAAAUCACCAACAAAAUUAUCGUAGACUCGCUCGUCACACUUGGUGCUAAAACCAUUCAUGCUGAACACAAGAAUCUCAAGAAAUUCAUUGCCACUUACACCGCUUCUUUCUUUCCCCGAUCAAUGCCACCCAACACAGUACUAUUAAAUCCACCCCCUCCCAUUGUAAUCGAUUACUAUCGUGGCAUUACCCAUUUGCGUAUCUACCUCGAACCAUACCUUUUUGAUACUUGGAUCGAGAAAAUGCACAUAUUCCCUAGUUUGGUCACGUUGGAAAACACAGGUGCCUUUGCCCUCGAGUUUGCUAGCAGAGUAUAUGAAAGUCAACAAAAUCCAUUCCUCUCUUAUUUCAUUGUCUGGUGUGGUUUAAAAGAUUUGGUCCCCGCACCAAACACCAACUCUAAACUUGAAUACCUUAAAGAAAAAUGGAUCUACUCUAAUGGUACCAAAAGAUUUGGUAUCAAAUCAAACAACAAGAUAAAAAAUAAAAAAAGGACAAAAGAAUUGGAUAAUUAA